AUUGAUCGUUCACAGAGCGCUACGUGCCAGUUGGAUGCGAUGCAGGAUGACAACAACUCACACAGUAAUGAAAGAAAACAGGACCAACUGUAGUCCGUAGCCUUGGACGUCUGCCUGCUGCCACGUCACAAAGUCAUCAUGGAGAAAUCUUUGGCAGAAUUAAACAAAGCUGGCUCCCGCUCAACAUCAUCACUGCCACCUGAGCCAGUGGACAUCAUUCGAAGCAAGACAUGCUUCCGCAGAGUGCGGCUGAACGUCGGGGGCCUUCCACAUGAGGUCCUGUGGCGAACGUUAGACAGGCUACCGAGGACACGCUUGGGGAAGUUAAGAGACUGCAACAACCACGAGACUCUGAUGGAGGUGUGCGACGACUACAACCUCGAGGAGAACGAGUACUUUUUUGACCGCCAUCCGGGGGCGUUCACGUCCAUCCUAAACUUCUACCGCACGGGCAAGCUGCACAUGAUGGAGGAGAUGUGCGCCCUCUCGUUCAGCCAAGAGCUCGACUACUGGGGAAUCGAUGAGAUCUACCUGGAGUCCUGUUGCCAAGCGAGAUACCACCAGAAAAAGGAGCAGAUGAACGAGGAGCUGAAACGGGAGGCGGACAAUCUGAAAGACCGGGAGGGAGAAGAAUUUGACAACACGUGCUGUGCCGAGAAGCGGAAAAAACUCUGGGACCUCUUGGAAAAGCCCAGCUCGUCUGUCGCGGCAAAGAUCCUGGCCAUCAUCUCCAUCCUCUUUAUCGUGCUGUCAACGAUUGCUUUGUCUCUGAACACCCUCCCAGAGCUGCAGGGCACAGAUGAGUUCGGCCAGUCCACAGACAACCCGCAACUGGCCCACGUGGAGGCUGUGUGCAUUGCCUGGUUUACCAUGGAGUACCUGCUCCGCUUUCUCUCCUCCCCCAACAAGUGGAAGUUCUUUAAGGGCCCACUGAACGUCAUCGAUCUGCUGGCCAUCCUGCCGUACUAUAUCACCAUAUUCCUGACAGAAUCCAACAAGAGUGUGCUGCAGUUUCAGAACGUCCGCCGCGUCGUUCAGAUUUUCCGCAUCAUGCGGAUCCUGCGCAUUCUGAAGCUGGCGCGUCACUCCACGGGUCUUCAGUCUCUGGGCUUCACCUUGAGGAGGAGUUACAAUGAGCUGGGUUUGCUUAUCCUCUUUCUGGCUAUGGGAAUCAUGAUUUUCUCCAGCCUGGUGUUUUUCGCUGAAAAGGACGAGGAGGAUACAAAGUUUAAAAGCAUUCCAGCUUCUUUCUGGUGGGCUACUAUUACAAUGACCACUGUAGGCUAUGGAGAUAUUUACCCAAAAACUCUAUUAGGCAAGAUUGUGGGAGGGUUAUGUUGUAUAGCGGGAGUGCUGGUGAUUGCUCUGCCUAUUCCCAUUAUUGUAAAUAACUUCUCUGAAUUCUAUAAGGAGCAGAAGAGGCAGGAAAAAGCACUUAAAAGAAGAGAGGCACUCGAGAGAGCAAAACGAAACGGCAGCAUUGUCUCAAUGAACUUGAAAGAGGCUUUUGCUCGGAGCGCAGAGCUGAUGGACGUGGUGAUCGAAAAAAGUGAGCGGCCUCAUGACAACCACCUAUCUCCAAGUCGUUGGAAAUGGACGCCGAAGAGAGCUGCGUCCGAGACGAGCUCAAAUCAUUCCUUCAAUGCCCACGAGUUAGGUUCUCCCAGCAAAGCCUGUGCUACAAGUCCCCAGAGGCUCAAUGUGCAGAAGCUAGAGGAGAUGUACAACCAGAUGGCAAAGACACAGUCACAACCGAACCUUAAUUCUAAAGACAGAGCCUCCAGAGUCAUCAAACACAGGGAUGAGAUAGAGCUAGGCGCCAUUCAGGAUCGUGGGCCACCGGUGCUAGGGACCAGAGAGGGCGUAGGGGAUAUGAAAAGCUUGUCCAGCAUUGACAGCUACAUCAGUUGUGCUACAGACUUCCAGGAGAAUACACGUUUCCCUCACAGUCCAGCAAUGGACCUCAGCCUUCAGGAGAGCAAACGACUUUCCCACUGUCCAGUUACAGCUUUGUCUCAGCACGGCAGUGCGAAAACAGGCCAGCAGACCACUCGGGAGCUUGAGCCCAUGCUGACUCCCAUGUCUGUCACAAAGCCCUCGUGCUCAGAGAAUGCAAGGAAAUUCUUCUUUUCUGGAAACUCCUCAAAAAGCCUUAUCCCUAAAGUAGGCUGCCGCAGUGAUGGGGACUCAGGCCGGUCCCCACUGUCAGACAGCUCGGUCCUGUCAGACCACUCUCUGCUAAGUCCUGAAGUUUCUAUCUACACCACUGCCAGCAGCAGGACCCCACCAAAGUCACCAGAGAGCACCACCCUGGCUCCCAGUGUCUUCACCUUCCACGACUCCUCCAUCAACAAAUACAUCGACGCCGACACAGACGACGACGAGCACCUCCGCGACAUCUCCGAUGCAAGUCCCUCGGAUCGUCUGUUGGCAGGAUCGAGCCCAAAACACAGCAUCAACAUCAAUUACCAAAGGGGCGCCAACCAUUUAGAAGCAGCUCAGAAAAUGCUGGGCCAGAAUUGCUUGUUCCCCCUUGAAGGGAUUCGUGGGUUAGCGCAUGAGAAUCACAUAAGUCAUGAAAUGACACACAGACCAAAGGUUGAGAGAGGGCGACAAAACACUUUGGAUAAAGGCCUCUGAGGUACGAGGAGCAGAGACUAACGGGGGGAGUGUUUGUGGUAAGGACAUUGGACGGACUAAAAACACUUCAUAGGCCCGAGACAGUGGAAGAAGGAGAAACAAGGGUCUCACCAUGACAUUUCACAAAUGACCUGAGCAUGCCGUUGGGCAAUAAGCUCCAAGCAAACACUUGUGGUGAAUACUCUGGGAGAAAAAAGAAAAACAUUUCCAAAUGGGAGAAUGUCACUGCCCCUCCUUCAGCUCAUUCCUAUUAGCAGUAUUCCACAACCACAAAACAAAAGGAGCACUCCCAUGUUGCUGACAGGUUUGUUCGGAGAUCCCAGUGGAAACAGAGUCAUCAGAGAGAGAUAGUUUUGUGGUUGACGUCGGUGUAACCCAAUUGAAUGAUGUGGUCUUAGCAACAUAGGGUGUGCCUCUAUAUUCUCUAUGGAAAAAAAAAAAUCCCAGCUGCUCACUGUCCCAUUACAGAGUCCCAGUUCAUUUUGUAGUCUUGGAGAUACAGGAGAGGACCUAGAGGCCUAUAAGCUACUCACUUAUGCCCUUCAUUCCCAAACCUAGCCUUAGUCAUUGACAUUUUCAGAGGUGUGUCUGUUUGUGCGUACGCAUGUAUGAGAGUGCGAAUGCCGAUGGGUGAUGUAAUGUAUACACACCCUCGAGAUUGUGCUACCUGAUUUAUUUUUAUAUAUAUAUAUAUAUAUAUAUAUCUAUAUAUAUCUAUAUAGUAGAUAAGAGAAUGGUCCAAUAGAGAUAUGUGGUUUGCUCGUCUGCUGUGUCAUAAUCAUGAAGAGCAAUCCUCUAUAAAGGCGUCAGUGCACGUCAUCUGCCGUCAUUAACGUGCUUUAUUUUCCCAUUAUGUUGUCAUGUCACUGUGAGUUUGGAUGAUACUUUCUAAUCUCUACCAGUGGUUAUUGUUGUGCUUAGCAUCCCGGUGUCAUUACAACAGUUGGUAAUCUUGAAAGCACACAUUUAUGAAGCAUGCUUGCAUCCAACCAGUCAACAUACAGAAAAACACAAGUGGCUUGUUCUUCAUAUCUAAAGAAAAGAUUAUUAUUAUAUAUACACAUAUAUGUAUAUAUGUAUAUG